AGACAAGGUAGGAUUGAAACGCCGCGUUUAUAACUUUCCUAUGCACGGCCAACGUCAGUGUGAAUAAAAGUAGUUCAUUUCGAUCUUGUUAUCGUUAUGAUUGAAUGAUUGAUUGAUAGAAUGAAAACUACACUGUGCCUCAUUUGAUCUUCUACGCUACCCUACGCCACACUGCAUUCUUUAACCGUCGAUCAUGGAAGACCCUCAAUAUCCAAACAACCCUCCCCCACCCUAUCAACACCAACGCGCUUCCGUUCCCACUCCACCGUCGCAUCAGUCCGACAACGAUCACACCACCGCAGAGUUACGCGCUCUCGAUUGCAACCUCGCUUCCCUCUGCGAACAUGUCCAAAUUGAAGGUUUCAAUUCCGGCUCCUUCUCCGAUAUCGUCGUUAAUGCUAUGGGCUCCGCUUAUCACCUCCAUCGCCUCAUCCUCUCUCGUAGUUCAUAUUUCAGGAAUAUGCUUCAUGGUCCAUGGAAGGAAGCUAGUGCUCCUAUAGUGACCUUACAUAUUGAUGAUAAGAAUGUUAAUGAAGAGGCAAUUUCAAUUGCUUUGGCGUAUCUUUAUGGAAGCCACCCUAAACUUAAUGACGAUAAUGCCUUUCGUGUCCUUGCUGCUGCUUCCUUUCUUGACCUUCAGGAUUUAUGUGCUAUAUGUACAGAUUUCAUUAUAUCUGAGCUGUGGACUUCAAACUUCUUGGCUUAUCAGGUGUUUGCUGAGAACCAAGAUUACGGCAUCCAUGGGGAGCGUGUUAGAACUGCUUGUUGGGGAUACCUUUGUCAAAGUGGCGGCAUAGAAUUGAGAGAGGUGCUUCCUAAACUUUCAUCUAAUACAUUACAUGCAUUACUAACCUCUAAUGACCUGUGGGUACCCUGUGAAGAGAAGCGGUUUGAAUUGGCUUUGCACACAUUCCUGGCAAAAAGUGCUCACUACAAGGUUGAACAUCCUGCACAUGGAGUUCCUGGUUCUGAGUCGGCAACUGGCAUUCAUUCUGAUAACACCAAGGGAAAAGGUAUAGCUGAUAGCUGUACUAACGAGAGGUUGGAAACUGACUUGGGGAAAUUGAGUCUUAAAAGUGAUCUAAAGGACCCUAACAUAUCUAAUCUUUUCGCCGAGCUUGCAGACUCAGUAGUAGACUUCAACAAUGACAUUUCUGAUUCCAAUCGAGUUCAACUUGCUUCAUAUGUCAGUUCAUCAAACACAAACCCUAGAUAUUCGUGUGACACGGAAGGACCUUCAUUGGGUAAUUCAUUGUCUGACACAGAUGGGCCUCUUGGUGCUGGAGUAACUACUGGAGUGGGUAUUGAAGGGCCUUCUGAGGAAGGGUCUUGCUACCUUUCGGAUAACAGCAAUAGGUUGGUGAGGGAUCAAUCAAGACACUGUUUUUCAACUAGUUCUUGUAAUGGGCUCACAUCCAGUGAGUGGGGAAGGUAUGGAGCACCUUUGCUCUCAUGGGGUGGCCAUGUUGGCAGAAGACAGGUCAAAGCUCAUUCCAGAGGAAACUAUGGAGAUGAAGAUAAUGUAUUUCUUAAUAUAUUUGAAGGGGGCUCACUUUUAUAUUGCAGUAUGUCUUUUGAUGCACUUUUAAAUGUCAGAAAGCAGCUUGAAGAGAUAGGAUUCCCUUGCAAAGCUGUAAAUGAUGGUUUGUGGCUGCAGAUGCUUCUUAGUCAGAGGGUACAAGAGAUUGCUGCCGAUACAUGCAGAGUUUGUUCCCUUAUGACUAUGUCUUGUACUUGCCACAAGCAGUUUGCAUUUGUACAUGGAUCUACUACUACUGGAUCUUACAUGCAAGAACAUAAUCAUAGCAAUAUCCCUGGGGGUGGAGGAAAUAUAUAUGUCGCUGAAUCUUCUACAGGCGAAAGAAAUGGCUCCUUUAGACCUGUACGAGUACAUGUUAGAGGUGCUAAUGACGGGCUUGCAGGUAUUGGCCGUGGGACUACAUUUGUUCCUGCAGCGGCUUCACCUCCUACACGAUUUGUCUUUUCUCGUGUACCAUUUGGCAUUGGCAACAGAAACUACCCUCAAUCUGCUGCCAAUGACGAUUCUGACACACGUGCUGAUCACAAUGGAGACUUGUCUGGAGAUGGAUUGACAGCUUUAGUUGGGCUAAGCCAGGGAGGGAAUUAUGGAACAAAUGUACAUACAGAGCUAAUACAAAGGGGGCACGAAAUUGGCUUGCAAAGUACUGCUGGAGGUGCAAGUAGUGGUGGCAUUCCAGUACAAAUGUUAGAGACACCAGAACAUACCAUUGGUGUAGAAUGGGAAAAUGACAACAGUUCUUCUAUAUCAUUGGAUUUGAAAACACCUUUAAGCCAUUUCCCCCCUUUUCGCUUUGGUGUAAGUUUUGAAGAAGUGCACAGGCUUAGCGAUGGCCAGGUCAAGCAUUCACCAGAAGUUUUCUAUGCCGGUUCUUUAUGGAAGGUCAGUAUUCAGGCUUUUAAUGAUGAAGAUCCCCAAGGACGCCGCACCCUAGGGUUGUUUCUUCACCGUCGGAAGGCAGAGAUAACUGAUUUAUACAGGAAGGCACAUAUGUAUGUUGACUCACGUGAAAAGGUGACCGCCCGGUAUCAGUUGACUUGCCCAUCCAAGAGGGAAAUGUUGGUUUUUGGAAGCUUUAAACAAACAGGCACUCUUCUACCUAAAGCUCCAAAAGGAUGGGGUUGGCGAACUGCUUUGCUAUUUGAUGAGCUUGCUGAUCUUCUCCAAAAUGGGGCCCUAAGGGUUAUUGCUGUGGUGCAGCUUGUUUGAAUUAAACAGGAGAUGAACGAUGGUUAAGGCCUUCAUUGUACAGUAUUAAGAAUUGUGAAGCUGCAUACAUUAUUUUAUGAACUGUAUGUGAUUAGUAUACUAUACACGGUGUAGACCAUUUUGCUUUGCUACCCCUUCCAUUUAAUACCUUUAAGAUCUGAUGUACAAAUAUUAGAAUUCUUUUAAUAUAUUUUCAGACUAAACUGUGACCUGGUGAUGGAUGAUGUAUGGAAUAAAAAUAUUAGUAGAUUCUAAAAUUGUAUUUAAUAGUAAUUCUGUAGUGUUGAUUUGGAACGGAUUUGUUUUUAUCUCAUAUCCUUCAAAAAUAGGUUAUCUGGAUCCGAAGUGAACGAACAGUUUCUCGUAUUGUUUUGUUUUUUGUUUUGUUUUUUUUUCCGGUUGGCUUGUUGUUUUGGCACUUUUUUCACAGGGGAAACCUCCAGUUACACCUCAACACAAUGGUGUGUCUGAAAGUAGAAUUGAACCUUAUUAAAUAUAGUUAGAUCUAUGAUGGGGUUCACUAAUCUUCAACAAAUGUAUGGGGGUGUGCUUUGGAAGCUGCAACUUAUCUUCUAAAUAAAGUAUCUUUAAAAUCAGUCUCUACAACUCCAUAUGAAAUAUGGAAAGGACGGGAGCCAGAUCUAAAACAUAUUAUUUGGGAUUGUCCAGCUUAUGUCAAGAAAUUACAAACAGAUAAACUUGAUGCUAGGUCCAGUAAGUGUAGGUUCAUUGGAUAUCCAAAAGAAACAAUGGGAUAUUUACUUCUACAAGUCAUGAUAAAGAAAUAGAACUUGAUGAAGAUCAAGAAAAAUGGUGAAACACCUAAGAUUCGUGAAAAUGAGAAUGAAGUUGAACGUCCUUUCUUUGAUGCGGUAAAGUUAACACAAAGGUUAUCAACUUCAACACAUUUAACUCAAGAAUCAAUUAUAGCUCAAGAACAGGUUGAUGAAUCCACCAUAGAAAAUGUUCAAAACCUUUUAAUCCAAUCCAAUUGAAGAGCCUUUCAGAAAAUCUAGUCGAGUCCAUGGUGCACCUGAUUGAACUUGAUGGUGCAUGAUGACAAUUCGAAUGAAGAUUAUCAUAAUGAUGAUGAUCCUAAGAACUAUAAAGAUGAUAUGAAUAGUUUGGAACGUGAUACUCCAUACGUUUUAAAAUGAGUGUCGUUUAAAGUUUUUGUACACGGAUUAAGAAAUACA